CUCGUUCCGAACUUUUUGUUCCCCUUUUAGGAAAGUUACGUAAGGUUAGCGUCUACGCUCAAGGCGCUUUGGUUGACUUUGUACAACCAUGAGUUUGGCCUGAUAACUUAUUUGUACUCCUUAUCUUCAUUGUCUGGGCAAAUAUGGCACCGAAGGCACAGAAAAGAAGUGCCAAAUCAUCUUCAUCGGCUUCUUCACGGACAGCAGUCGAUCCCUCUGUCUCCGCAUAUACUCUCGAGAUAUAUCGGAAACGAAAUGCUCUUUCCCGACUACCAACCAACGACUCCGAUGAGGAAGAUGGUGCUUGUACAGGCAAACGGAAGGCUGCAAAUAAUUCCGAGUCGGUAGACGACAUCAGAGACCGAAUAGUCAAAGUCUCCAAGGCUGCGCAUUGGAACCCCGCAGACGGCAGAUGGGCUACUGUUCGCCAGCUACUUCAACUAACUUGCACUCGGGGCCGCGACUUUCGAUGGAUCGUACCGGAAAAGAAGCAAAUCGUGGCGUCGCCGCCAUUAGAGUUGCGUCUUUGGAGCGAACAAGUUUCAGAGUUGCUCAGGCGAGAAUGGAAGCCGCGGUCAGGCCCAGAGUAUGAGAAGGAGUUACUUUACCGUGCACAGAAGGAAUGGGUUCCGACCGAGUCGUAUCCAACCCGCGAGACGGCAGUAGUGAAGCAGAUUCUGGAGAAGAGGGAAUGGGAAGCAGAUAUCCUAGAACUUGUUCAACAAUGGCUAGCUAGUAGCACACAAGAUGGUUCCACGGAAAUCCGGGUGAUACUAGCCAAAAAGAAACUUGUCGACUCUUUGAAACCGUUUCUCGAUGCCCUGCUGCCACAAGAUGCUCCUGACGCUGCUAGGGUGAAGAAUUUUCAGAAGGAGCAUUGGGUGACAGAGGUUACCCACUUCUUUAAGCAAAACGGAGCUCCUACGCUCACACGAAACUCUACCAGCAAUCUUAGCGUUGCAUCCAAGGAGCGCAAAAGUGUAGCUUUGCAUGAAAAAGUAAAAACUUGGCAACAAACGCUUCUUGUGGAAACAAAAGAUCGACCCCGUCGAGCUUCUGACGCUCCUUCCGAAGCUAGCUCCUCCAAAUCCAAGACUAAGCGGAAAGAGACAGCGGAAUCAACAACAGCUCUCAGAAAAAGUGCACAAUCUGUCGCAAAGCAGAGCUCCCUCGAAUUUGCUGCGUCCAAGUCGUCUGCGACUAAACUUGCUGGUAAACCCAAAGCUUCUAUUCCACGAGAUCCGCCUCGUGUUGACGAUGACCUCUUGAGCAAUGAUUCUCAUCACGACGUUCAUAUUGGAUUACCCAGUCAGCCGUUGUCGUUCCGUUCAUCUCAAAUAAAACACUCCACUCCCAAGGAUGGCACAGGCCAACUUGUUGCAAUAGAGGAACCUGCACCAUCAUCCUCGCCUCUUUCCCCUCCACCUCUCCACACGUCCCCCACUCGACCGCCACGGAUUAUCUCCGUCCCCGAAGGAGCUUCCAAAUCCUCUUUCAAAAGACCCCAAUCCCCAUCUUCCGCCACAAAUUCACGGCCCGCGAAACAAGCUCGGAUAGAGAAAAAUAUUGCCCCUGUGGCGGAUAAUUCACCCAUGAAGGUCGACAGCCUGAAAUCCCAUCAUACCACAAACGUACCGAUACCACCUCCGCCCCCUUCCUCUUCUCCGCUCAGUCCACCACCGGCUACACCAGAUGAGGGGAAUGGGAACAAGAAACGUGUUCCCACGCUCAUGGAACUUCUUUCUGUGCGCAAGACAACCGCGACGCCUAUGAAGAGAAAGAAUACAUUGACUAUCAUCUCUACGCCGCUUAGUGGUAGAGCAGCGGGCCCGAGUCGCAAUCAACUUGUUGCUGCUUCAGGAUCUGGUCAGCGAACUUCUAUGGCUUCAGCGUUGGUAUCCGCACAAGGAGAGAAACCUCAAGCUCCUCUUCCAGCUCCUUCAACACGGAGGAGUGAUUCUGCGGAUGCCAAUGACCACAAUGCGCGUCUCAAGAUUGCAGAACGUGCGCCUUCGAGUGUUGCUGGACCCUCGAAUUCGAAUUCGAUUAAUCAGACAGCUGUCCGGGCACCUCCCACCGCCGUUCAUGAAACACAGACGUUCACGUCUGCGGUCACUUCGACGUAUAGCGUACAACACCAGCCUGAAUUCACGGCGUCUGGAUAUGCUAUCGACCUUCCGUUGUCUGUCAUUGACGGUUUUGUCGGCCAUGGAGGAUCGGAUGGAGGAUCAGUUGAGGGUGACGGGGUUGACGGAUAUAGCAAUAAUAAUUUGGAGGUGAAGGACAAAGGGAAAGCGAUUGAGGGUAAAUCACCAAAGAAGAGAGGAUAUUUCGGGAUGGAGGACGUGGAUUUGACAUCUCCUACGAAGCUACGCCCUGGAGUUGUUCGUCCGUUCGCUGGCUCUUCUUCUGAAGACGAGGACGAGGAUGAUGGUGGAGAAGCCAAAAAUGUUACUCCGAAAAAUAAAAUUUCCACCCUUAACGCAUCACAACUUCCAGACUUCACACAUGACUUUGAUGCUUUUGACCCUCCUCAGGCCUCUACCCAACCUCGGAGGAAGAGCAAUGGUGGAAGUACCCAUGGAGGUGGAGGUAAUCUCUAUUCCGGUAAUGGAUUCGGUGCGGCGCCUUGGGCGAACGGAGUGAAUGAUGGAGAGGAUGAUGAUUUCAACGACAAUGCUGACAGUCCAGAUUACGGCUACGUCGCAUCCCAGUCCAUCUUUACCAAAGACGGGGCCAUCAAUGUCCGUAGCUUUGAUGACGAUCCUACCGUGCAUAGUCAAGCUUUCUUCAGUAUUCCUGGGUUGGAGUCCCCAAUCAAAAAGACCAAGAAGAAUAAAGGUUGGACGGAAACUGGGCGUGAACGCCCUGAGGAGAACGAUGGGUUCGGGUUCGGGUAUAGUUCGCAGUUCGAUGUGGACGGAGAUGUGGAAAUGGUCAGUAAACUCAUCGAUCGGGAUGUUGAUCUGAUGGAUGUGGAUGCCGAUGAUAAAGAAGGCGAAGGCGUUGGAGAGGGAAAUAGUGUCGGUGAUCAAGGACAUCCGGGUCGCGACCGGUCUCGUGUGAUGUGGGGUGGAUGGUCUUGAGUCUGCCACCCUCAAAUUUUCUUCCGUUUUUUUUGCCGCUGAACCUAUUAUGCUUAAAUUUAUCCAGUGGACUGAGACGAUAGAUUGUGCUGUAUCUAAUUGACUUGAGUGCAUAUGUACAGUAUGUACCAUAGAAAACAGGAGACUACGUCCUUGCAUCUUCAAGCUUCAAGAAUCAAAGUUCUACAUGUUUCGUUGACGAAUAUUCAAGAUGGAAAGACAC